CUGCUGUCACCCCGCGUGACCGCGCAUCCCUACUUGAGUCAGCGCGGAAACUCCAAAAGUUGCCUUCAGGCGUGCCCGCGCAUGGCAGAAGAGCGUUUGUCAGGAUCAAAGUCUGGCGUGGACGUGGAGCUUAAAGCACUUGACGGCACUUUGUGUGUGUGAGGGUGCGUGCGUCUGAAAGUCCACGCCAAUUGGAAAAAAAAAAAAGGACGCGGGCACGCGCCUCAUCUAACCUUCGUGGGACUUGAGGAGUAAAGAGAAUCUGUCGCACCGGCGCGUGUGCGCGCUAACAAAAGAACUUUACAGACGCUUGGAACCACGCAGACGUGUUGUCCACGAUGACGUCAGUGUGGAAGAGACUUCAGCGUGUGGGCAAGAAAGCUUCCAAGUUUCAAUUUGUUGCUUCCUACCAGGAGUUGCUGCUCGAAUGCAAAGACAAAUGGCAACCAGACAAAUUGCGUGUGGUUUGGACCAGGAGGAAUCGGCGCAUGUGCUCCAAGCUGCACAGCUGGCAGCCUGGAAUCAAGAACCCGUACAGAGGGAUGGUUCUGUGGCCCGUCCCGGAGAAUGUGGACAUCUCUGUGACCCUCUUCAAGGAAGCGGGUGCUGAUGUUUUUGAGGACAAGGAGUGGACCUUCGUCAUUGAGGGUGAGUGCAAAGGUCACCGUAAGGUUCUGGCGUCUGCUGCGGUCAACUUGAAGAAUUAUGCCAGCGUGACGCCGACGCAGACGGACAUCAGGCUGCCGCUCAAGCCGCUGUCAAUCAAAGUGGUGGGGGCGGAGCUUAAGCUGUCGCUGUCCUGUAUUUUCGUGCGUGAGGGAAAAGCCACUGACGAAGACAUGCAGAGCCUCGCCAGCCUGAUGAGCGUCAAACCCGACGUGGCCAACAUGGACGACUUCAACGAAAGCGACGAUGACGGCGACGGCAAGUCCGCCAGCGGCGCGGCAGCCGCGCCGCGCUCUCUUACACGUCCCAAUCGCCCCGCGCCACCGCCGCCUGAAACCACAGUCAUCCAAUGGGGCGGUCCACCCAACACCCUGAUGGCUCCGCCUCCACCCCCACUGCCUGCCAUUUUCCAGGCAAAAGUGCUGCCGUCUGCCCCUCCUCCCGUCCCGCUGUUGAGUCGUCCGGACCUGGAGUCCCUUGGUUCCUCCCUCCUGCCGGCCUUCCCCCCUCUUGCCACAGCUACAUCCUCCCAAAGAGUGGUUGCCACGGCGACGACGUCAAGCACAAGCCAAAGUGCCACGGCUGCUUAUGACAUCGCGGCAUCUGGACGACCAAUCGCAGUACAGGAUUCCAAGACGGCCAGCCCGGAGGAGAUAGUGAGGGCCAGUUCCGGCCAAUCGCAAUCAGAGCUGAUCAUAGCCCCGCCCCCUCCGUGGCCCUUUGCCAGCUGUGAGAACUCCGUCCCCCAGCGGCCUUCCACCAGCGUUUUGGCAGCUUUUAUCACCCCCAAGCAGAAGUGUCUCCAUGGCGCCGAGGAGGCCGACAACCUUGGAUCCUGUGUGGAGGCGGAACGGGAGUCGUCCCGUGAUAGCGUCACUGGGAUACGCGAGAGCCAAUCAGAAGGCUGCUUUCCGGAGUGGGACUCGGGCGGCCUCCUGCUGAAGGAGCCUUCCAACAGGUUCCCUCCCCAGGAGAAGCAGAAAGAGCAAAAGGAGAAGGAGAGGAGGCAGAUCCAACAUGAGGAGGAAAAGAGGAGACUGCUGGAGGAAGAGAAGAGGCGACUCUUUGAGGAGCAGGAGGAGAUGAGGAAGUUGAAGGAGAGGAGGAGGCACGAGGAGGAGAGACUUCUCCAGGAGAAGCGAGAGAGGCUGCGCAAAGAGGAGGAGCGCAAGAGGAAGAGAGAGGAGGAGGCCAAGAGAAGAGUGGAAGAGGAGAAGAGACUCCAGCAGGCCCAAGAGGAGCAGGUCAGACUUUUGAGAAUGAAGCUGGAGGAGGAGGAGGAGAAAAGGAGAAUGGAGGAACACCGGCGCAAGAGGGAGGAGGAGACACGGCAGAUGCUGGAACGGGAAGAGGAGGAGAAGAAACGACAGCAAGAGCAGGAUGAGGAGAGGAGCAAAAGGCGGAGGAGAGAGGAGGAAGCAAAAGAAGAGGAGAGAAAGAGGAAGGUGGAGGAAGAAAAGGAGGCUCAACAAAGAUUAGGAGAAGAGAGAGACAGGAUAAAAAGGGAGGAGGAAGAGAGAAAGCUAAAAGCAGAGGAGAAAGAGAGGGAGGUGCAGAGAUUGAGGGAGGAGUGUGAAAGGACGGAGAGAGUGGAAAGGGAGGAAGAGAAGAGGAAAGAGGAGGAACAAAAACAAAAGGAGGAGGGAAAGAGGAGGGAAGGGGAGGAACAGCGAGUCAAAGCCGAGAAGGAGGUGCAGAGGUUGAGGGAGGAGAAAAAAAGAAUGGAAGAGGGGAGACAGGAGGAUGAGGAGAGAAAGAGGGAUGAAGAAGGGAGAGUUCAGAAGGAGAUGCAGAGAUUGAAAGAAGAAAAUGAAAGGAUGGAGAGGAUAAAAAGGGAGGAAGAGAAGAGGAGGAAGGAGGAGGAGGAACAAAAGAGACAGGGGGAUGAGGAGAGAAAGAGGGAAGAGGAGGAGCAGAAGGUCAAGGCGGAGAAGGAAGUCCAGAGAUUGAAAGAAGAAAAAGAAAGGAUGGAGAGGAUGAAAAGGGAGGAAGAGGAGAGGAGGAAGGGGGAGGAACAAAAACGGCAGGAGGAUGAGGAGAGAAAGAGGAGGGAAGAGGAGGAACAGAGGGUCAAGGCAGAGAAGGAGUUGCAGAGAUUGAAAGAAGAAAAAGAAAGGAUGGAGAGAAUGAAAAGGGAGGAAGAGGAGAGGAAGAGGGAGGAUGAACGAAAGAGACGGGGGAAUGAGGAGAGAAAGAGGAGGGAAGAGGAGGAACAGAGGGUCAAGGCGGAGAAGGAGAUGCAGAGAUUGAAAGAAAAAGAAAGGAUGGAGAGGAUGAAAAGGGAGGAAGAGGAGAGGAGGAAGGAGGAAGAACAAAAGAGACAGGAGGAUGAGAGAAAGAGGAGGGUCAAGGAGGAGCAGAGGGUCAAGGCGGAGAAGGAGAUGCAGAGAUUGAAAGAAGAAAAAGAAAAGAUGGAGAGGAUGAAAAGGGAGGAAGAGGAGAGGAGGAAGGAGGAGGAACAAAAGAAACAGGAGGAGAGAAAGAGGAGGGAAGAGGAGGAGCAGAGGGUCAUGGCAGCGAAGGAGGUGCAGAGGUUGAGGGAGGAGAAAGAGAGAAAGAAAAUAGAGGGGGAGGACAAAGACAAGAGGUGGAAAGAGGUGGAACAAGAGGAGCGUCAAGAGGAGGGGAGGGCAAAAGUGCAAAUGGAGAGAUUGAAGGAGGAGAGGAGAACAAGGAAUGAGAAAGAAGAGAUGGUGAAGCAGGAGAUGUUUAGUUCACCCUGGCUCCCUCUAGUGGACACUGAUUGCCUUAAAGCCCCGAGUCUCAGCCAAUCAGAAGAGACGCCAGCAGCCAACCAGAGUGAAAGCGCUGAUGCUCCCGAUGGGCCAAUGGUGGCCGAGGCCCCCCCUCCUAUCGCUCCCGCUGUGUCAGAAGAUGAACAAGCGAGAAAAGAGGAGGCGAACCGAGAGACUUCAAGACUUUCGGGAGAAACCGUGCAGGUGCCCACAUCCGAGGAGCUGGCGGAGGAACGCGUGGAACACAGCAGUUGCGAGACGGCGGCCGAACAGAACCGACAAUGUUCUACCUGGGUCACGUCCUCGGGUGGGAUCGCGGAACCGGAGCCUGGCCCCGCUGACGCGCAGCGCCUCACUUUGGUCGCGAGCCUGCGUCUGGCCGCAAAGGAGCAGGAGGAGGAACGAGAGGAGAGGCGCAGGAGGGAAGAACAAAGAAAGGAGAAGUUGCAAGUGGAUGAGGAACUAGAGCAGAAAGGGAAAGGAGAAGAAGAAAGGAGGGUGGAGCAGGAAGGCAAGACGGAAGAAAAGGAGCAACAAGAGAAGAGAGAAGAAGGGAAAAGAAAGGAAGGCAGAGAGGAAGAGAAGGAAGGAGGCCAACAAUGUCAAAUGAAGAAGAGACAAGAGAAAGUGAAGCACAUUAAGGAGAAGAAAGGGCAACACCACCAGGAAGUCACUAGCAGCCAAUCGGAGGUCGGACCACCUCUCAAGGAGGCGGAGCUUGAUGACAUUGCCUCUGAGGAGGAGCAGUAUGGAGAUGAUGAGGUCACCUCACUACUCGCAUCAACUGGGAUGGUAAAUCCUGCUGAUCCUGGUCCUCUUCCCGGUCCCCUUGGUCUUCCUGGUUAUCUUGCUUCUCCUGGUCCUCCUGAUGUUCCUGCUUCUCCCAGUUCUCUUGGUCCCCCUGGCCCUCCUAGUCCUCCAAGUCUAGGCUCAGUUGUCCAUGGGGAAGCUGGUGCCGAUGUGGAGGAGGUUGAAUUUGAGCCAGGUCACGAGGAUCUGGGCUCCAUAUGGUUGGCCGAGCUCUACAUGGGCGGCCGCGUGGCAGGACCUUCUGGCUGCCGUCACAGUGGUGAUGAUGUCACAGCGAAUGGCGGCGCGGAGCAAAGCGGUCCGGCCGCCAUCGUCUCCCAGGACCGUGUCAACAAAGAGCAACAUUUGCAAGAGGAAGAGCGUCUCUUAUUGGAUAGAAUCCAGGUGAUGUCAUCGUACACGCCCCCCAAUGCCAAGAAGCUUCUGGUUCCCGCCCCAGGCGAGAUCAGCGAUACGGAGGCCAAGCAGCGGCCAAGCUCGUCGGAAGAAAGCGCGCCUUCAGGGUGGUGCGCACCCUCACAAGUUCCGCCAAUCAGAGAAGAUGCCGACGGAAAGGACGACGAUGGCGGCGGUGAGGGCGUGAUGACCACUGGCCAGUCGCUGCUGCGCUGGUGUCAGGAAGUGACAGCGGGCUACGCGGGCGUCCAGGUCAACGACUUCAGCGCGUCCUGGAGGGACGGCCUGGCCUUCUGCGCCCUGUUGCAUCACUUCCACCCCGAGCUCAUAGAUUUUCAGCAGUUGAAAGCUCACCAAAUGGAAAGCAACAACAAAAAGGCCUUCGCCGCCUUGGAGUCGGUGGGCGUGCCGCGCCUCCUGGAGCCCUCCGACAUGGUGGCGCUUCCGCUUCCCGAUCGCCUCAUGGUGAUGACGUACGCCAGCCAGCUGCGCACUCACUUCACGUGCGUCGCGAGUCGCCCCGACGAGGGAGGGCCCGCCGAGCCGGUCCCCCCGCCGAGAGUCAGGAGGCCGCUUCAAGAAGAGGCCACGCCUCCUCUUCCAAAGGAUGAAGGCAAACUCAUCGAGUCUGCAGCAAGCACACAGGAACACGAGUCCCAGCUUGCCAAAGAAGACGACAAGAUGACGGACACGAGUCAGUACGUGCUGAGCGAAAUGGCGACGUUGGAGGCGGAGCAAAAACACGUCGACAGCAGGGCGACGGUGGUGGAGCGACGCCUCAGGAGUCUCAUGGAGAGCGGAAGCGACCGAGCUGAGGAGGAGCGACUGAUUCAGGAGUGGUUCACGCUGGUCAACAAGAAGAACGCCUUGAUACGGAGACAGGACCACCUCGAGCUGCUGCAAGAGGAGCAGGACCUGGAGAGACGCUUCCAGCUGCUGAACCAAGAGCUGCGAGUCACCAUGGCCUUAGAAGACUGGCAGAAGUCAAACGCCCAGCGAGAGCACGAGCAGAGACUCCUGCAACAGUUGGUGUCGCUGGUCAACCAGCGUGAUGACGUCAUCCGAAACCUGGACGCCAAGGAGCGAGGGGCGCUGGAAGAGGACGAGCGUCUGGAGCGGGGCCUGGCGAUGAGGAGACGGAAGUACAACGAUAAGGAGAAGUGUGUCCUGCAGUGACGCACACUCCCACAUUGACGUGCACUUUUUUUUAGAUUUAUUUAUUGUCGUGUAGAUUGUUUUCUUCUGCUCAGUGUGUUUGUGUGUGUGUGUGUGUGUGUGUGUGUGUGGUAGCUGUCCAAAUUGUCCAGACUCACAAAAACAGCCUUAUGAGUGUCAAAAGAAUUAUUUUACUGUUUUGGUCUGUUUUUUUUUUUUUUUAAUUUUCUAGUGUUUUUUUUUAUUGAGACUUCAUUUGACUUGACAAGCCAAACGAUGUGCGACGUUACCAUCCAGCAGGGGGCGCAGCCAGGGUUGUGCCACCAAGAUUGUAAUACUUUUUAUUAUUGAAAUAAUAAAUUAUUAUAAUAACUCUCA